UGCCAGUCCUCACUGCAACCUGCAGAGCCCGGGUAGGAUUUGGCCUCCGUCCCUCCAGCAUCUGAACUCCAUCUCCACCACCAGCAUGAGCCGCCAAUUCACCUGCAAGUCGGGAGCUGCCUCCAAGGGGGGCUUCAGCGGCUGCUCGGCUGUGCUCUCCGGGGGCAGCUCAUCCUCCUACCGGGCAGGGGGCAAAGGGCUCAGCGGAGGCUUUGGGAGCCGGAGCCUCUACAGCCUGGGGGGCAUCCGGAACAUCUCCUUUAAUGUGGCCAGCAGCAGCGGGAAAAGCGGAGGUUAUGGGUUUGGUCGAGGCCGGGCCAGUGGCUUUGCUGGGAGCAUGUUUGGCAGCGUGGCCCUGGGGCCCGUGUGCCCGUCCGUGUGCCCUCCGGGGGGCAUCCAUCAGGUCACCGUCAACGAGAGCCUCCUGGCCCCCCUCAACGUGGAGCUGGACCCCGAGAUCCAGAAAGUGAGAGCCCAGGAGCGGGAGCAGAUCAAGGCGCUGAACAACAAGUUCGCCUCCUUCAUCGACAAGGUGCGGUUCCUGGAGCAGCAGAACCAGGUGCUGGAGACCAAGUGGGAGCUGCUGCAGCAGCUGGAUCUGAACAACUGCAAGAACAACCUGGAGCCCAUCCUCGAGGGCUACAUCAGCAACCUGCGGAAGCAGCUGGAGACGCUGUCCGGGGACAGGGUGCGGCUGGACUCGGAGCUGAGGAGCGUGCGGGAUGUGGUGGAGGACUACAAGAAGAGGUACGAGGAAGAAAUCAACAGGAGGACGGCUGCAGAGAAUGAGUUUGUGCUGCUCAAGAAGGAUGUGGAUGCGGCUUAUGCCAAUAAGGUGGAGCUGCAGGCCAAAGUGGACUCCAUGGACCAGGAGAUCAAAUUCUUCAAGUGUCUCUAUGAAGCUGAGAUCGCUCAGAUCCAGUCCCACAUCAGCGAUAUGUCCGUCAUCCUGUCCAUGGACAACAACCGGGACCUGAACCUGGACAGCAUCAUCGACGAGGUCCGCGCCCAGUACGAGGAGAUCGCCCUGAAGAGCAAGGCCGAGGCCGAGGCGCUGUACCAGACCAAGUUCCAGGAGCUGCAGCUAGCAGCCGGCCGGCAUGGGGAUGACCUCAAAAACACCAAGAACGAGAUCUCGGAGCUCACCCGGCUCAUCCAGAGAAUCCGCUCAGAGAUUGAGAAUGUGAAGAAGCAGGCUUCCAACCUGGAGACGGCCAUCGCCGACGCCGAGCAGCGGGGUGACAAUGCCCUGAAGGACGCCCGGGCCAAGCUGGACGAGCUGGAGGCCGCCCUGCACCAGGCCAAGGAGGAGCUGGCCCGGAUGCUGCGCGAGUACCAGGAGCUCCUGAGCCUGAAGCUGGCCCUGGACAUGGAGAUCGCCACCUACCGCAAGCUGCUGGAGAGCGAAGAGUGCAGGAUGUCAGGAGAAUUUCCCUCCCCUGUCAGCAUCUCCAUCAUCAGCAGCACGAGCGGCAGCGGCGGCUACGGCUUCAGGCCCAGCUCCGUGAGCGGCGGCUACGUGGCCAGCAGCGGCAGCUGCAUCUCCGGCGUGUGCAGCGUCCGCGGCGGGGACAGCCGGGGCAGGGGCAGCGGCAGCGACUACAGGGAUACCCUGGGGAAGGGCUCCAGCCAGAGCACCUCCUCCAAGAAGGCCGGCAGGUAGAGACGCUGCCACGCCACCGCCGCCGCAGCGUCCCCAGCUGUGUCCCAUGCGCGCUCUCCCGUCCCCGUCAGCCCCUCUCCACCCUGCCCUGCUCUUGUCCCUCCGGCCACCCUACUUCCCCCAGCCUGCGUCUCCCUGAGCCUGGACAGGUGUGGAUGGCCCUACCUGGCAAAAUUCCUCCUGGCGCCUGCCUGGCGUCCGCCUCCUUGGCUAAGGUCCCCCCAGCCAGGCCGUGGGCUCAGCUCAGCUCCCGGCCUUCCGUCCUCCGCGCAGCCUCCGGCUCCAUCACCAACUACAGUCUGGCUCCCCGGGUCACAGACCGAGGCCCCGCUCUCACACUGGGGCCUCUGCCCCAGCGACUGCCUAAGCUGGGAGCUGGUUCUGUGUUCAAGAAAAGGAGGACCGAAGGGCACCAGCCAAGGGAGGCCGGUCCCCACGCCACCCUGGCCCCGUCUCAUGGCUCAUUCCGAGUAGGACCAAGUACGACUCAGGUCUCUCUUGCUCUCCUGUAUCCAGAAGCAGAGAAGAGGAGGCCCCUCCACAUCUCCUUUCUUCUUAGAGGCCCCCCCAUUGCAUCCUCAAUAAACAGCACGAUCUGA